AUGGCAGAUGCUCAAAGGUGGAAAUCUUUAGGAUUGGCUGAUGAGCUUCGGUCUAUUGGUUCUCAUUAUACUUGGACCAAUAACCAAGCUGAUGGGGCUAGAAUUUUCUCUAAAUUGGACCUUAUUUUUAAGAAUGAAGAGUGGAUGGAUCUCUUUCCUGAUUCGAUAGCUGUUAUAAAUUGGGACAUAUUUUCAUAUCACUGUUUCUGUAUUGUUAAGGCAAUGACCGAGGUGAACACUGGUUUUAAGCCUUUUCGAUUCUUCAACAUGUGGAUUGAACAUGAAGGGUUCAAAACUGUUGUUAUGCAAAGUUGGAACAAAUCCGUAUCAACUCAUGGGUUAGACAGAAUUAUAAUGAAACUGAAGAGGCUAACUCAUGUUCUUAGAAAGUUUAAUAAGUGGGAGAUUGGUGAUGUUGAACACAAGUAUCAGGUUGCCAAAGAGAAUUACAAUCAUGCUCAAUACCAGUUUCAGCAAGAUCCUCAUUCAGCUGAGUUUCAAACUGAGGAACAGAAAUCUUUUGUAAAUUUAGUUCAGCAAACCAAGUUCUAUGACAGUUAUCUUAGGCAAAGAAGCAAAGUCAACUGGCUCAGAUUUGGAGAUGAUAAUACAACAUACUUUCAUGCUUGUUUGAAACAGAGAAAGGAGUCAAAUCGAAUAACCUCUUUUGUUACUGAUGCUGGUCAGAUUAUUGAGAAGUAUGAGGAUGUAGUGGCUCAUUUUUUACAUCAUUUUCGGAGUAUUUUGGGUAGUCAAAGUAAGGCUUCGGGUCCUAUUCAAAAGGAGUGUUUUAUGCAUGGUAACAUCUUAUCUUUAGAGCAACAGCUGGUAUUAAUAAAGUCGUUUUCUAAGAAGGAUGUUAAAAAUGCUAUGUUUAGUAUUAGUUCAAUUAAGAGACUGGGUCCUGAUGGUUAUGGUUCAGGCUUUUUCAAAGCAAUGUGGAAUGAUCUUGGUGAUGAUAUUUCAGAUGCAAUUCUAGGGUUCUUUCAGCAGGGUUCGCUGCCUAAAGGCCUCAAUAAUGCUAUGCUGUCAUUGAUUCCAGAAGACAUUCUUAAAGGUUACAAGAGGAGGCAUAUCUCUCCUAGAUGUGUGAUGAAAGUUGAUCUAAGUAAGGCUUAUGAUUCAAUUGAUUGGCAAUGUUUGGAGGAUAUCCUUGCAGCGUUCUGUUUCCUGGGACAAUUUAUUAAUUGGGUUAUGGUUUGUUUAAAGGACUCUUCUUAUUCAAUCUUGAUGAAUGGUAGAGUGCAAUGUAGUUUUAUUGGAAGGAAGGGGCUUAGACAAGGGGACCCGAUGUCUCCUUUGCUGUUUGUUCUUGUUAUGGAGUAUUUUACUAGACUUCUCAUUCAAGCUACUCAGAAUAAGGAGUUCAGAUUUCACCCUAGAUGUAAGAAGCUGAAAUUGGUGAGCCUUUGUUUUGCUGAUGACUUGGUGCUAUUUUGUAAGGGAGAUGAUGCUUCAGUUCAGGUUAUUCAAGACUGUUUCAAAUCAUUUAGUCGUGCUUCUGGUUUAACAGCCAAUUUAGAUAAGUCUCGAGUUUAUUUUGGGGGUUUGACUGAGAAAGAGACCAAGGAAAUUCUGAAGGGUCUUCACUAUACUGAAGGUACUUUCCCUUUAAAAUACCUUGGAGUUCCUCUUAGGCCUACAAAGUGGAAAGCAAGGGACUGUGCUACUAUAAUAAAGAAGAUUCACUUGAAAUUGCAUCAUUGGUCUAGUAGGCAUUUAUCUUUUGCUGGGAAAGCUCAACUUAUCCACUCUGUUUUAUUGGGGAUUAGAGCUUUUUGGAUGAGUAUUUUCCUUCUCCCAAAGAGUGUUCUUACUGAGAUUGAUCAUAUUUGCAGAAAGUUUCUUUGGGGGACCAGCAGUAGAAAUGAAAAUAGGAGUAAGAUUCACCUCACGGCUUAG